AUGGCUGCGCCAAAGAUCAUCGUUCUAGGGAGCCUCAAUGGCCAGCUCGAACCCGCUUUCAAGAAGCUCGCGACGCUCCACUCCAAGAACAACUUCGCCCUGGCAAUCUUGACAGGGGAUAUCUUUUCACCCUCCAACGACGAUGACGCAGUCACCGGGCUGCUAAAUGGGACCAUUGAAGUCCCCCUCCCCACCUACUUCACCGUCGGCAACCACCCAUUGCCCCCACGCAUCGCAGCCAAGGUCGAGGCCGACGAGGAGAUCUGCGAAAACCUCCACUUCUUGGGCAAGCGCAGCAUCACAAAGACGUCGGAGGGGAUUCGCAUCGUCGCGCUGGGAGGCCAGCUUGAUCCUAACCUGGUUGCAGGCCUGUCCAAGGAGCAACAUCUUCCCUUCCACUCGGCAGAUGACGCAAAGAGUCUACGUGGUGCAAACAGCGCCGAUAUUAUGUUGACUGCAAUGUGGCCCGCCGGCGUAUGGACUGGCUCGAAUGUCGCUCUAGAUCCCACGCAGCAGGCAUCUUUGGCCAGCUCAACCGCGAUUGCCGAACUGUGCGCUGCUCUCAAGCCUCGAUACCACAUCUCUGCUUCUCCUGGCCCGUUCUUCUACGAGAGAGAACCCUUCGUGCACCCAACCGAGAAAGAUUCUGACAUUCCAUCUGUGACAAGAUUCAUCUCAAUGGCUACAUAUGGUAAUAACGCCAAGGCCAAGGCUAUGUAUGCCUUCACCCUGAACAAGGGAGACGCCUCCAUCCCCGUCGGCGCCACGUCCUCGCCGUUCAACCCAAAGAAGCGGCCACAAAAUGACGAUUCAUAUAACCGUUAUGACCAUGGCGAUGGACACCGCAACCGACGUCAGAAGCGCCGUCAUCGGUCCCCUCCCCCGGGUCCGGACCAGUGCUACUUCUGCUUGUCCAACCCAAACCUCUCUGCCCACAUGUGUUGCAGCAUUGGUGACGAUGCCUACAUCACCACAGCCAAGGGCCCGCUCCCCACCUCUACCACCUUCGCCGAUCAAGGGCUCCCCUUCCCAGGCCACCUUAUCAUCAUCCCUCUCCCACAUGCCCCGACGAUUCCCAGCAUGGGCUCCGUGAUAGAAUCCGAAGGAGAAGCCGUCAAGGCAUAUAACGAGAUGACUCGCUUUCGUGAAGCCAUCCAGGCCAUGAUUGCCACCAAGAGCUCCCACAAACUGGGCGUUGUCACUUGGGAGAUUAGCCGUGACCGCAACAUCCACCUCAUCUGGCAGCUUCUCCCGGUUCCGGCGGACCUCAUCCGCCAAGGCAUCACUGAGGCUGCCUUCCGUGUCGAGGCAGAGAACCAGAAGUACCCAAAAUUCACCACGCAGGACCUCUCACUCGAGAAACAAGCCGCAGCAGGCGACUUCUUCCGCGUGUGGUUGUGGGCUGAUGACGGCGAGGACAAGAUUAAGGGCAAGUCCCUCGUCAUGCCACUGCCUUCGGACAUGCGCUUCGACUUGCAAUUCGGUCGCCGCGUCCUCGCCAAGCUCCUGGGCCUGGAGAACCGUAACUUCUGGAAGGACUGUGAACAGACAGUCGAGGAGGAAACGAAGGACGUAGAGGCGUUCCGAGAGGCGUUCAAGGACUGGGACUUUACCUUGCCCCAGGACAAUGGCGAUGCUGCUGCUUGA